AACCCCAUUCCCGCUUCCUCCGGCGUCAGUCCUCGGUGGCGAUCACCUCCUCCGGCGACACUAUCUUGGCGGCUACCACCACAUAAUCUAUAUACUCACAAGCAAUCAUCCAGGCGUAUCUAAUCUGGCCUUCUCCCUCUCUCUGGAAAACUUGUCGCAGGCGUAUCCCCUAAUCACUAUCGGAUCUCCCAAAUUUCGCGUCAUUCCAGCAAGCCCUAGCUCGGAUCAUCGGAAUUUUGUAGCUGUAACCGAUUACAAUUGCUGCCAAUUCGAAUUGAGGAUCGAAAUCUACAUACCUUCCACAUACGUUUACGUCUACCCAUUGCCGAGCCGCGUAUGCGUAUGAAAAGAACCUGAUCGACUCACAUAAUUCAGGCUCAGCUCUUAGAAACUCUUACAGUGUUGACAAGAAGCUCUUAGAAACACAGGAUCAUCAAACUGCAGCAGACAUAACAGUUUCAAUUCAGUUUGAGAUGGAAAGAAGCAUAGCAGAUGAGCUCUACUGUGAUCUAUUGAAUGUGUCCAAUAUUCAUUUAGAUCCCAGGUCAAAUGUUGAUGGUGCAGUACAUAAUUCACAUGAUAGUGAUGGGGAUGAACUAUGGUAUGAUGAUGGAGCUUUACCCUAUGAGACAGACAAAGUUGAAAAAGCAUUUGAUAUGGAAAGGGAGUGGCAGAGGAGGCGCGAGCAAUUUCAUACAAUUGGAUAUCGUGACGGUCUGGUAGCUGGAAAAGAAGCAUCUGCUCAAGAGGGAUUUAACAUAGGCUUUAAGGAAUCUGUAUUUGUUGGCCAAGCAUGGGGUCUUGUCAGAGGCGUUACCAGUGCUUGGGUUUGUCUUCCUGAUGGGGUAAAAGAGGGGUUGGUUGAAACAGAGGAGAAAAGAAACAAGUUGCGGCAGUUGCAUGAAUCAGUGCGUGGUAUUUCGGCAACAGAUGCACUUAAGUUGUUCCAUGAUCACCUUAAUAACAAUUUGAUGGAGCAUGGGGAGAAUGCAGAAACCGGUUCCAAUACAGGAGAUUUGCGUGCCCAAUGUUCUGGUGCUAAUGUUAUUGAACAUUAUGUCCGGGAGUUUAACUUGCUUCUUGUUCAAUGUUCUGCAAUGGAUGUGCACCUAGAAUGACUUAAAAUUGUCAUGUAAUGCGUGGAAUAUGCUUAGGUGUAUUUGCAUCCAAAGGAAAUAUAUUUGGCGUCUUUUGGAUAGCGCCGCAAAACUAGGCAUCUGUCAGAUAUACCAUUUCUGUUUUGAAAGGUUUCUCAUCUGCCUAUAUUGAGCCUGGACGUUGAAGCAUUCCUUGCAAGCCAGCUGCUUGGGCAACAUACAUAGCUUGAUUGACUCUGCUUGAUCUCAAUAGUUGAAUCGUGUAUUCUUCUUGGCACCCUUGAAAGUCUGUGAACUUUGACAAUGCCACUUUUGUAACUGGAGCUUUUAUGGUUAGUAUUUUUGCAUAGUAAAUUUUGUUUUUGGAGAUAAAUGAAAAACAUAUUUUUUAGGGUUA